GGGUUUCUCUCUUCCUCACAGAGCAAAGCAGCAGCAGUCACCCCCGGAGAGGCGGCGCCGAGGCUUCCAUCCUACGACACCAUGGGUCGCAUGCACAGUCGCGGUAAGGGUAUUUCUUCCUCAGCUCUGCCCUACAAGAGGACUCCACCAAGUUGGCUGAAGAUCUCUUCUCAGGAUGUUGAGGAGAACAUCUGCAAAUUUGCCAAGAAGGGUAUGACACCUUCUCAAAUUGGUGUUAUACUUCGUGAUUCCCAUGGUAUUGCUCAGGUCAAGAGUGUCACUGGGAGCAAGAUCUUGCGGAUUCUCAAGGCUCAUGGGCUUGCUCCUGAAAUUCCCGAGGAUCUCUAUCACCUCAUUAAGAAAGCAGUUGCUAUUCGCAAGCAUCUGGAGAGGAACCGGAAGGAUAAGGAUUCCAAGUUUAGAUUGAUCUUGGUUGAGAGUAGGAUCCAUCGCCUUGCUCGCUAUUACAAGAGGACAAAGAAGCUGCCACCUGUGUGGAAGUAUGAAUCUACCACCGCCAGCACCCUUGUGGCUUAGGAAAAGUUCAUUUGGUAGCAGUUUUGGGCAUAGGUUAUGAGCGUACUCAAGCAAGAUUUUCAAGAAUUUUAGUUGUGUUUUUGAUCAGGGGGAAAACAGUUGUUUGAUGGAUUAUUGAACCAAUUUGUGUUUCGCACUUACAUUUAUCAAUUCUCUACUAAAAUGUUGUUUUUCUGAAUUACAUUUGGUUUGAGUAAUGCCACAACAUCCAUUAGUUA